UCCCAACAAAAAAGAGUGAUCUCGGUUUCACAAAAUGGAGCUAUCACUCUCGGCGCCACCCAUUCCAACCCCUUCACCUCCGCUGCUAAAACCGCUGGUGAGCUUCUCGGUUUCUCGUCCGAAUCUCACACCCACUCCGCCGUCUCGCCGCCCAUUACUUUCUUCACUAAAAUCAAACCAGCUCUUGAAGCUCAAAGCCACGGACUCUCAGAGAACAGCUCCGCCGCGCGCCUCCCUGGCCGAAAACAACGGCUCCACUAUGACCGAUUCCCCUAUCCCAAUUAGCUCAGGGGCUCGAAUUGGGGAGGUCAAGAGGGUGACUAAGGAGACCAAUGUUUCGGUCAAGAUCAACCUGGACGGCACUGGAAUCGCUGAUUCCAGUACUGGGAUUCCGUUUCUUGAUCAUAUGUUGGAUCAACUCGCUUCGCAUGGGUUGCUGGAUGUGCAUGUAAAGGCUACUGGUGACAUUCACAUUGAUGAUCAUCACACAAAUGAAGAUGUUGCUCUUGCUAUAGGAACGGCUUUGCUUCAAGCACUUGGCGAUAGAAAAGGAAUCUACAGGUUUGGUGACUUCUCGGCGCCACUUGAUGAAGCACUCAUACAUGUCUCACUGGAUUUAUCUGGACGACCACAUCUGAGUUAUGAUCUCCAAAUACCAACAGAGAGGGUCGGCACGUAUGACACUCAGCUGGUGGAACAUUUUUUCCAGUCUUUGGUGAAUACUUCUGGUAUGACACUCCACAUCCGGCAGCUUGCUGGAAGAAAUUCUCACCAUAUCAUUGAGGCAACCUUCAAAGCAUUUGCAAGGGCUCUCAGACAAGCAACAGAAUCUGACCCACGUCGCCUGGGGACCGUGCCAAGUUCGAAAGGCGUCUUGUCGUGCGCUUGAUGCUUCAUAUUUCUUCAGUUCCUUGAAGCACACGGUGAGGGGAUGGAUGCCGCGUUGUUGGUCUCUGUCUACAUGGCAGAUCAUUGUUGUAUAUGUAACAUUAUAAUCGCAAUAAACUUUUCCGUGUUGUUGAUUCAAUGUAGGAACAAAACCAAGGCUUUUGAUUUGUUAAAAGAGUUUAUGGAAUAACCAUCCAUUUGUUUUCUAUGAAAAUGUAAAGGGAAAUGAGAAGCAUAACAAAUAAGGAAAUGAUGGAUGAUUUGUUUUC